CGGGGGAGCUCCCGGAGCAGCAGCAGGAGAGGCAGAGAUCAGAGGYAGCAGGAGCACUCCCGGGUCAGCCACCCAGCGUACCAGCUAGGGCCCCGGAGAUUCCUGAGAUGUGGAGAGACUUCUGGGAGCAGAGAGGAGAGGAGCUUCCAUCGCCAGUCAGAGCCGGGUUUGGGAUAGCCAGGAAGGCAGAAGAGAGGUUAGAUCAUAAAAUCAAGUUCCUGGCCAAGACCACUUUUGACCGGCACUUGUUAUUGGAGAGCGAUCUAACGGGGAAGAAGAUGAAGGAAGUAAGCCAUGGAGUACGCCUGGAGGCUAUGGAGAUGGAAAUUCAGGAACUCAGGACCUUGGUGGCCAGCCAGGCAGCUAUCAUCGAGAGCCUGAGGCAGCAAACCCAGGGGAGGGUGGACAGGCCAGARAGCAGCAGGCAAGGAGAGCAGAGGCAGCCGGGACAGGRRUUGCCAGGACAGCCACCURCAGCGGAGCCUCGCCAGGAGCCACCUAUGGGGAGAGCUAUCCUGGAGCCAGAGGAGGCGAGAGCCCAGAGACAGGCAGAGAGAGAGGCGUUCGAGUUUAAAGCCCCUACUGAGCUUGCAACGCUGCCAGUAGCCGCGUCAGGCCCAGUCGUACCUUUGGCAGUAGGGGAGGGGCCGCAACCAUCUAGCAGUGAGCCGGCUCAGGGCUCAGCAGAGGGAUUCAUGGGCGUGCUCCUUGAGGCGAUGCAUACUAUGCAGGAGGAAGUGAAUUUCUUUUCACCUAGGCAGAGGAUAGAGGAGCCUCUUUGAGAGAGAGAAGGGGAUUAAGGCGGRGGGUGCCGUAGAGAGCAGACUUCAGAGGAUGGGCACACCUGAGUAUGGACCCGAGGAGGUUGAGGAGCAGCCCACAACA